AUUUAUCUAUUUUUCAGAUUAUUAAAAUAUGUAAAAGAGAACCUCAAUAUUAGAUUAUAGUGAUCUCUCUGAUCAAAUCAGAAUGCAAAAACAUUUCAAGCUUUCUCAUUCAAGAUCAUUCUUAGGAUCUUGAAUCACUAAACCAAGAAUGUUCACUUGUUUGUGAUUCGUGUAGCUGUUGAGUGAUUGAUCGAGUAUUAGUGAUUUGAUCAAUUGAAUUUGAUCAGAAGUCAGGAUGGGUAAAAUUCUUUCUAAGGUGUUUGGAAACAAGGAGAUGAGGAUACUGAUGCUAGGUCUCGAUGCUGCCGGGAAAACCACAAUAUUAUAUAAACUCAAGCUAGGACAGUCGGUCAACACAAUACCUACUGUAGGCUUCAAUGUCGAGACUGUAACAUACAAGAAUGUGAAAUUUAAUGUUUGGGAUGUUGGCGGGCAAGACAAGAUCCGACCUCUUUGGAGACAUUAUUAUACUGGAACUCAGGGACUUAUAUUCGUUGUAGACUGUGCGGAUAGGGAUCGUAUAGAUGAAGCUCGACAAGAACUGCACAGAAUUAUCAAUGAUCGUGAGAUGAGAGAUGCCAUUAUUCUUAUAUUUGCAAACAAGCAAGAUUUACCAGAAGCAAUGAAGCCGCAUGAAAUUCAGGAGAAACUUGGAUUAACGCGUAUUCGUGAUAGAAACUGGUAUGUACAGCCUGCUUGUGCAACAACUGGUGAUGGUUUAUACGAAGGAUUAACUUGGCUCACAACAAAUCAUAAAUCUUGAGUCCUUGGUGUCGAGGUUUAGAGAAAGGAAGCAUAAAACUUAAGAUUCAAAACAAACAUUUAUUGAUUAAAAACUGGAGUCUACUACACCUCCUUCUCCUAGUGAAUAGUUAUUUUUAGUAAAUAUACAGGUUGAUGAGAUAAACAAUAAACAUGAUUCAGGAGAACAAAGAGCUUUAAUAGUUUUACAUUAUUCAAUCCUGACAACAGUAUUCUCCCAACCUUGAUUCAUUCAUAUUUCUCAAACAAUUGAUUUAUUAAUUGAUUUCGGCAGUGAUCGAGUGUUGCAUUUCCAGUCUCCAACCUUGUUGUUAAAGUCUAGAGCUGUAGACAAGGAUAAGGGUUGUGAACCUCUGUGAUUGGUUUGCUGGUUCCUCCGGAGAACCAUCCCGCUCUGGUUGUCGAUUAAUCCUUCCAGCUCCAGCAUCAUGAACAAUAAUACAACGGUGAUAUUAGGUUUACAUCCUCUCACAUUUAUAUUUAUUUUAAUUUUAUAGAUAUUACGUCUUCCAGUGUUACAAA